CGCAAUUUCUUUUCGCGCGAAAGGUAGAAAGUGCAGCCACGUAAUCCUUUGUACUAGACAACCUUUUUUUUUUUUAGUUAGCUAGCUACAUGUAAAAGAUAACUAGCUGUAUUGCUACACUACAGCGCAUAUUGGUUUAUAUUAAACUGCUUGAAAUUUGAUCAACUUGCCCGUUCGACUUUUAUCAGACGAGUGGCUGUCUCUUUUCUGUCUGCAAUUAUGGUCCGCUACUUUACAAGAUUGAGAGUGAGACGUAUCUACAAAUGGGGCGGAAGACCUUCUAUCUUCGACAGAAAAUUAAAGAGUUAUGGCUUUGAGUACUUGAACAUGAGCGUGGAGGGUCAGGAGGCAGUCACCACUGUAACACCUGGCCAGUACAUCCUCAUUGAGGGAAAUGAUGAUGAAUACCCCUUCGUUGCCAAGCUUCUCAAGUUCUUUGGCGAUGAGUCCCACAAGCAGAAGAAGGCGCUUGUGCAGUGGUUCUUGCGCUUGUCUGAGGUGCCCCAAAAUAAGAAGUUGUUGCUGGGCAGGAGCCCCCAUCCCCAGGAGAUCUUCUACUACCUGGGACGUGCCUGUGACGAUGAGAUCAACGCAGAAUCCAUCAUUGGCACUGUGCAUGUCCAGCACGUCCCUGAAGAUACUCCUUUUCCAGAGCCUGGAACCAAGGACACCCUCUAUGUAAAGCUGUCCUGGGACACCAAGGCCUUCAAUGUCUUAGACCCUGUCCUGAUGCAGGAUACCCCUGCCUCAACACCCCCCAAACCUGCUCUCCCUCUGUUUCCCCCCUGUGCUUCCCCCACGGCAACCCCUGUGUCUCGGGGCCCGGUGCGUCGUGCCCUGCCCACCCCAGACCCCACAGUGAUGAGGAGAGCAGGGUCUGUGUCUGACACUAGAGCCACCAUGAGCGCCGGGAAGAGGAGUACCCUUGAGGCAGAGUCAAUCCACUCUGCCUCCAAGCUCUCUGCCUCUAAAAUCCUCAGCGCCAAGAGGAGGGGAAGCGCUGCAGACACACCGGGUGUACGCAAGAAACUACAGCUCAGCAUCGGGGCUAGUCCAGGGAAGAAAAUGACCAGAGCAGAUGUCCUCUGUGAGCUCUUGGAUGAAGAGGUGGAGUCAGAGAAAGUUAUAUCCCUCAAACUGAGCUCCUCGGUUUCACACUCCCUCCAGCAUGGCUGCAGCCUCUCUCCCAUGAGAAGUGGCUGCAAGACCCCUAACGGCCAGAGGAGGCUCACCUCGAUCAGCCUGGACAGACUGUCUCCUACUGCCCUGGGAGAACAGGACUUCUCCAGAUCUACCACCCCCUCCAGGAGGAAAGAGUCUGCCAUGGCCAUUAGAGAGUCUGCUCUGGGGGUGCUGGCGGAGGAGGACUUCGAGGACUCUCCCAUGCAGCCGAUUGCCUUGACUCCUCGCUCCAAGAGGAAGUCAGCCCAGCUGGUGUCGUUACGCAUCAGGAAGCAGUUGAAUCUGUUGGACAAUACCCAAGAGCUGAUCUCCGAUGGCGACGAUGACUGUUUCGUUCCCUCCAAGGAGGCCCUACAGAGCAGCACAGAUGAAGAGAAGCCCGAGAGUGAGGAAGAGACCGUGGUGAGGAAGACCAGAGGAAGAAAUUGCAAGACCUCCGUCAGGACCCCACACAAAACGCCCAGCAAGAAGGAGGCCCUACAGAGCAGCAGCGAUGAAGAGAAGGCCGAUAGUGAGGAAGAGACCAUGGUGAGGAAGACCAGAGGAAGAAAUUGCAAGACCUCCGUCAGGACCCCACACAAAACACCCAGCAAGAAGGUCACCCCAAGUACCCCCCGUCAUGCCACUCCCAGUAUUCCCAGCCGGACUGUUCCAGCCAGGCAGCCUGGGAACAUCCUGGAGGAGGCCAGGGCAAGGCUGCAUGUGUCGUCAGUACCAGAGUCUCUUCCCUGUAGGGAGCAGGAGUUCCAGGAUAUCUAUAAUUAUGUGGAGAGCAAGGUUAUGGAUGGGACCGGAGGGUGUAUGUACAUCUCUGGUGUUCCGGGAACUGGGAAAACCGCCACCAUCCACGAGGUUAUCCGGUGUCUACAGCACGCCUCUGAUAUGGAUGAAAUCCCCACGUUCCGUUUCAUCGAGAUCAACGGCAUGAAAAUGACCGACCCUCACCAAGCCUACGUCCAGAUUCUACAGAAACUGACGGACCAGAAGGUGACCGCUGACCACGCCGCAGCCCUAUUGGAGAAGAGGUUCAGUAACCCCGCCCCCAAGAAGGAGACCACCGUGCUACUGGUGGACGAGCUGGACCUUCUGUGGACCAGGAAGCAGAAUGUCAUGUACAACCUGUUUGAUUGGCCGACAAGGCGCCACGCCCGCCUGGUGGUGCUGACCAUCGCCAACACCAUGGACCUUCCUGAGCGGAUCAUGAUCAACAGGGUAGCCAGCAGACUGGGCCUGACCAGGAUGUCGUUCCAGCCGUACAGCUUCAAGCAGCUGCAGCAGAUCAUCACGUCCAGACUGAACAAGGUCAAGGCCUUCGAGGAGGACGCUUUGCAGCUGGUCUCCAGAAAGGUGGCAGCGUUGUCAGGAGACGCCCGGCGCUGUCUGGACAUCUGUCGCCGCGCCACUGAGAUUUGCGAACACUCCGCCUCGCACCCGUCCUCCGCGGGAUUGGUGAGAAUGAGUCAUGUGAUGGAGGCGCUGGAUGAGAUGUUCUCCUCCUCCUACAUCACGGCCAUUAGGUGUGCAUCGAUGCAGGAACAGCUCUUCCUGAGGGCGGUCAUUGCUGAGUUCAGGCGACGGGGACUGGAGGAGGCCACCUUCCAACAGGUGUUUGUGCAGCACCGGGCUCUGAGUCAUGUGGAGGGCCUGCAGCCCAUCAGUGUGUCCGAGGGUCUGGCCGUGUGUCAGCGUCUGGGUGCGUGUCGUCUGCUGCUGCUGGAGGCCAGCCGUCUAGACAUGCUACAGCGGGUCAGACUCAACGUCAGCCAGGAUGACGUGCUCUACGCACUCAAAGCUGUCAGAGACUGAUGACCACCGGAGGUCCUAAGGUACAGGGGGGAGGUUGAGGGUCUUUUUGGGGCCUAGAAGGGAACCUGCUCCAUCACUACCAGUCAACUUGGUCAGUUUGAUAACUACAACUCAUCAGGACCACCGUUGGACCACACAGUCCCACGCCUCAACCACAGCCGAUACUACUGUACCACUCAGGACCGGGAAUCCCACUGACACCUUGUCUGUCCACGGUGGGUCUUUAUAGAGGCUCAGUUUGGUUUGAUGCUGUCUUCUGAGAGGUUUUAGGAAAUCUUCUGUUUUAGUGUUCUUUUACAAAUGCUUUUCAAUGUCAUUGUUGUCAGCACAUAAUUUUUGGAAGCUCUUGAUGGGGAAACUGCAGUGCAUUUGAACAUUUUAUGGAGUUCUGUCAUAAUUCAAGAACACAAAUCAUGAUUUCUAUUAUAUUGGUUUUACGUUUGUUUACUGAAAAUUGCCCUUGUUACAAAAGGAUAUUUCGAUCUGGUUUUAACUCAUUGUGUUGAUGGGAGAAGAGCCAACUUCCCAUCACAGUUAGUAAUUUGACUUUCCUCUUUAUCUGUAUACAAGCAUUUUAAUGUUAGGAUGUUCUUCAUUAUUGUUGUGUGAAUAUUGUAUCUACAAAAGUAAUAAAGAUAUUUAAUAACAAUGCUUGUGUAUGAAGGCCUAGUUUUCCAUUCAUGUACUCCUGAUAACAUUACUUGAACAAAUGACCUGCACCGGUAUUGCUUUCCAGAGGUGAGAAUGAAGAAAGCCUAUUUUGCAGGGAUAAGCUAAUGAUGGACAUUCAGAAAGUAUUCACACUCCAUAAUGACAAAGAAAAUC